UGGUUGAUUGCAAGUCCCUUUGGACAGUAUUCACCAUCAGGGUCAGUGCAACCUUCGUGGCUAAGUCAAACACAUCCACCAGUAUCAACUAGAACAGUUAGCCCGUACCAGAAUCGCAUUCAACUAGUCCAGCCAGUUUCUGUAGUGAAGGGUCUGUGAGUGUAGGCAGCGAUAAUGGAGUAUCCAAUCAUUUAGCAGUAAAUUCUGUAAAUGCAAAUUGAAGGAAACAGUGGUCAAAGGAACAAGUCCUUGCAUUACUGGAUCUAUAUGAAAAGAGGCGAAAUGACUUCAAAGAUCCUAAAAAGAGAAAUAAAGAUGUGUGGGAGGCUAUUGGGAAAGGGAUGGAAGAAUUAGGAUUUCCCGAUAAAAGAAAUGCUGGGGAUUGUGAAAGUAAGUUCAAAACCUUGAAAAGGUCAUACAUCAGCACAGUUGAUCAUAAUAACACCUCUGGAAAUGACCGCAAAACUUGUGCAUACUUCGAUGAAAUGAGCACUCUAUUUCAACAAGAUGCACGUAUUCAACCUGUUACACUUUGCAGCAGUCAUGCUGGUGCUAAGAUAGCUCCAGAGUCCAAAUCUGACAAAGCUGUUACAUGCAGUGAGUCAGAAAAUGAAGAUAUACCAAGAAAA